GCUCUGUUCUCCUGUUACCUGGCAACUACGAACGCUCUGAGCUGGCUGGCGGGUAGCUGGUGUGCUAACCUGUUAGCCCAAAGCUACCAGGGCCGACAUAACAACAUGGACGAUGACGACGACCUGGACGAACUGCUAGAUGAAGUGGAAAAACGGUUUUGUAGCAACGUUUCCGUCGCCUCGACGGCUGGAGAGCGCGGGAAAGACAACGUAGGACAGAGAAACAGAGCCACAAAACCUGAACAGCCAAUAAAAAGCAUUACUGAAGAUAUCGACGCUCUUCUGGAGGAAUUACAGGAGGAAGACCGCAGGGAUACUCCUCACUUAAAGGCUGAGCAGUUUCCUCACGGAUCAGCGGUGGAGAAGAAGCCGUCGUCUCAGUCUGGAGGCAGGAAGUGCUGCCCAGUUUUCGUUGGCGGGAGCACGGUCACCAACGGUGUGGGAACCACCACGUCCAAGAGGUCGUGUGACCAGUUGAGGUGCACAUCCUGUGACUUCCGGGUGCUGAUGUUUGAUGACUGUGAGUGGGACUUGUCCUGUGAUUACCUGUUCUUCAGGAACAACAUGCCGGACCGCCUGAAGCUCCGAGCCAAGCUGAGGAGGAGGAGGGACUCCCGGGCGUACGCCUGCCAGUGCAGCUGGUUCUCCGCGUCGGAGCCGACGGACCUCAGGGACCAGCAUCAGCUCACGUGGGUCUGUGGCAAACACCAGGACUGAUGCUGUGACACACAAGGCUCUGCUGCUCAUCUGCUCAGCUGGCGUCUGUCUUUUCACUGCGUCCGUCUGUCCGUCCGUCUGCUUGACUUCAGCAGCCUUUCACUGAUCACACAGGAAGAAGCUGAGCGGAGUUAAAGUGUCUGCAGUGUGUGUGUGUGUGUGUGUGUGUGUGUGUGUGUCAGUCCAUAGAGGCUGCUGGGAAAACGAGGCAGCAUGAGGCUGAUCAUCUUUCGGUGGCUGAAGACGCUAAUUAAAGUGUAUUUGUGUGUA